CCACAGAUUGGAUGUGUGUGUGUUAUGUGUGUGUGUUAUGUGUGUGUAGCAGUUCCCUUCAUAGUGAGAGUGUCGCUAACCACUGGAUUGUGAACGGGGAAGUGAAAAGGGACAACCUGAGGAAGAAGAACCGUCUUUCUAUCGAGGACCAGGGAACUUUUAUCGCUCUUUUCAGAUUUUUUCCCCCUCAUUCCCGGCACAGGUUGAAGCGGUGCAGCCGGGGUCAGCAGCAGCAAGCAGUAUGCAUUCAGACUGCAGGCUGCUAUGGGCAGAGCGGUAAUGGUGGUGGGAAGGGAAACGACAGGGGCCGAGGUUCUUCUCGUCCUGUCGAUUCUCAUCGUUCUCACCGCAGAAAACUGUCGAGCGCAGAAAGGUGAUGGCUGUGGGCCCAGUUUGCUUGGCCCUACCAGUGGGACUCUGUCCUCUCUGGGUUACCCGAGGACAUACCCCAACAACUCGGUGUGUGAGUGGGAGAUCAGCGUGCCGCGUGGCAACAGGAUUCACUUUCGCUUUGCUGAGCUGGACAUAGAAAACAGGAACUGCCAGGUCAACUACCUCCGCCUCUACAACGGCAUUGGACCUGAGAGGAGUGAAAUCGUGAAAUACUGUGGUUUGAAUCUGAAGGUUGAGGAGCUGAUCAAUUCCACUGGUAACCAGGUUACUGUCCAGUUCAUGAGUGGGACACAUCACACUGGGCAUGGAUUCUACCUGUCCUACUCCACCACUGAACACACAGAUCUAAUCACCUGUCUGGACAAAGGAACUGAUUUCCCCGAGGCAGAGUUCAGUAAAUACUGCCCAGCAGGCUGCCUGACAUCCGGCAAGGAGAUUUCUGGAACCAUACCAAAUGGAUACAGAGAGUCCUCUCCGCUGUGUUUGGCUGCCAUCCACGCAGGUGUGGUGUCCAACGCUGUGGGAGGCAGGAUCAGUGUUGUCAGCAGCAAAGGCAUCAAUCGUUACGAGGGCACACUGGCGAACAAUGUCACUUCCACUGGAGGAACCAUGUCCAACAGCCUCUUCACGUUCAAGACAAAUGGCUGCUACGGGACCAUGGGCUUGGAGUCAAAAGGCGUUCCAGACACUCAGAUCUCUGCCUCCUCCGUGUGGGAGUGGAACUACGCUGGUCAGCGUGAGUGGUUGGCUUCAGGAGCCCGCCUCAAAAAGGCGGGGUUGUCCUGGGCACCGGCCCAGAGUGACCAGCAGCAGUGGCUGCAGGUGGAUCUGAAGAGGGAGAAGAGGAUCACAGGCAUCAUCACCACAGGCUCUACUCUGAGAGAGUAUCAGUACUACGUGUCUGCGUACAGGGUCCUGUACAGUAAAGCCCCCCCACAGUGGUUCAUCUACAGGGAAGCCAAUUCUACACUAGACAAGGUUUUCCAAGGGAACAAUAACUACCUGCACGAGGUGAGGAACAACUUCAUUCCUCCCAUCGAGGCUCGGUUCUUGAGGAUCAACCCGACCGCCUGGCAUCAGAGAAUAGCUCUAAAGGUGGAGCUGCUCGGCUGCCAGAUCCCUGAAGUGAGGAGGGGGUCGCCUCCUGUUAGCUCAAAGCGUCCACCCCACUCGGUCCAAACCACUCACACGCCAGACAUUAGAAACACCACGAUGCCUCCUCACACCAACAAAGACAUUGCUCUGGCAGCAGUUCUGGUUCCUGUGUUGGUCAUGGCUCUGACUGCUCUCAUCCUGACUAUAGUUGGGGCUUGUCACUGGAAGAACAGGAAGAAGAGCUCUGAAGGAGCGUACGAUCUUCCUCACUGGGAUCGCACAGAUUGGUGGAAGAGCAUGAAGCAGCUGCUUCCCUCCAAGAUCCAGGAGUCGGAGGAUUCCAUCCGGUACAGCAGCAGUGAAGUGGGCCGGCUCUCAGGAAGAGGCGCCGUACCGAGACUACACGCUGAACCUGCAGAAUAUGCUCAGCCUCUGGUCAGCGGAGUUACAACACUGGGUGCGCGUUCAACUUUUAAACCCGAUGAAGGUCCAGACCCAGGAUACUCGGAUCCGGAUCUUUACGAUGCCCCGAUCUCACCAGAUGUCUACCACGCCUACGCAGAGCCUCUCCCGGCCUCGAGAUCUGAAUACGCCACUCCAAUUAUAGUAGAUAUGGGCUGCCACCCUGUAGGGGGCGCCACUUUGAACCAGCCCGCUGCUGUGUGUGGUUUAAUGGGCGCAGGUCUCAAUGCCCUGCUCACACGGACAGAAGGCAGCCAGAAAGGGAGGUCGGCGUACGAUACACCAAAGAACACCACUGGUCAGGCGUCUGAGGAUCUGACCUAUCAGGUGCCUCAGAGUUGCACACAGAAGACAACGGAACAGGGCUGAAGAGUUGGGACGCACACAGCCUUUUAUUCGCCCGUCACAGCCCACAAGACAGAGACGGGGACGGGCGGUUGUUGAAGGACGAAGAAGUCCUCAAUGAACACUACCUUAGUUUUAGAAUCAUCUGGAGAUGUAUCGCCCUAACCGUCUCUGCAUGGCCCUGACCUGCUUGUGUGGCGCCUUUACAGUCCUAUCACUGAAUCUAUAAAGAUGAAUGUGUAUAUGUGUUUGUGCCAGAAGAGGGAGUCAAGAGUAUAGACCGUACAUAGGAAAUGGAGCAAGGCAGCUGUGUUCAAAAGUAAAGUCACAAGCAGAUAGCAGUCCACAGAUGUCGGGACAACUAACAACAACUUUCUGUUGCUGUUUCCUACAUAAGGCUGAUCAUAAAUGUAAAAUAAUGGUUAGGCUUAUUGGUAGAAUGUUAGAUUGUUCAUGACAACAUUCUUUUUAACAGUCUGUAAAUACCUGGCACAGUAAUAAUGUGACUGUAAGUAACCAAUAUGCUCCACGACAUGUGUGUAUAUAUAUAUAUAUCAUUUUUAAAACAGCAUCGGGGUAAAACAACGUCUCACAAUGAAGGGAAAAUAAGAGGAAUUUGGUCAAAGGUAAACAAACAGGACUGUUGCCAUGUAAAAGCACGGCAGCUGAUUCUUAGACUUUUCUUUGUUUUUAACUGUCUUCAGAAUGUUGAUACAAGUGCAGCGCAACAUCAAUUACAUGUUAACAAGACACCACAAUGUCUCAAUUAGAAUUGGUAUACCUGCAGCUAGAAGUAGCUUCAUUCAAUUAAGCAAUGAGCCGUCAAUUUCCACAAGCUUUACUUUUGCAACCAAACAGCCUGGUCCAUUUCUUAUACAGGGUCUACGAUUGGUUGGAGAGAAGCAGAAAGCUGACUACUAUUUGAUAAAGACUGUGUCUUGUCCCUGUUCUGUGAUUCUGUAGUUGUUCUAUCCUGUGAAACUGUGAUGAUUUUUUUGUCGCUAUUCUUUUUUUUUUUCUUUUUCUGUUAGACAUCAAGCCAGGUUUUUCUUUAGUUUUAAAUCAACUGCAUGUUAACCCCAAAGGUUAAAGGUUAAAACAAUCCUCCUUGGAGAAACUCACGGUACGUUCUUUGUCUUACUUUUGUUUUGUUUUUUAAAGCAUGACUUGAAUUUGUGAAUAGUUACAAUAAUUCCAUUCUUGCAAAAGCCUAAAGUGAUUUACUGAUAUUUAUUUUGUUAUUUUGACAUCCUGCUGAUGAGGAGAGACGUUUAUCAAACAAAUAAAAAACCCCAAUGCUACACUCGCUUAGUACUGAAGCAACAACAACAAAAAACAGACCACAGACCAUGAGUCAGUUUCCCUCCACGUAUAUAUAUAUAUAUAUAUAUAUAUAUAUACACACACACUACAACAAAGAGACAUAUUCUACAGUGCUGGAGACCAAAUGUUUUCACUUUGCUGUGUUGAUGCUGUAUUGACUCACAAUACAAAGAUGCCAAACACUAGAGCAGUCUUAAUGAGUGGUGGAACAGAGAGAAGAAGUGACUGUGCAAAAGUCUCAGGUCACUGCUGGGUUUUUUCAACAUCAAUUUUAAUUUUUUUAUUUCAUACAUGACAAUUCUGUCCUAUGCUCAGCUCUGGGUGUUUUUGUUUUUAACAUUUUACACCGUCAUCCACCAUUCAAUUUCUCCUGUUAAGCAUGUGUGUCCCGCUGAAGCAACAACGCAGAAAUGGUCGCAUUACUUUGCAUUUGGCUUUUAUUUUGUCCAAUCAGAUGUUAGGUUUGUAACCUUAAACCUUUUAAUGCAACAUGAGCCCUUUUCACCUGUUUCAGUAGUCCUGUUAUUAGAAGGGUCAUGGGGCGUUCACAGCUAACACCAGUACAAAGUGUCAAAGAACUCACAGGGCUGUAAACUGGAACUGAGCAAGAAUCGUCCGGCCUCUUCCAACAUUUUACUUUCUAUAUUUAGAAGUAAAAUGCCAUUUUCCAAGUUACAAAUAUUCUAUAUUGUCACAGUAUCAAUGCUAAGACAACAUGGACUAAUGCCUAAGACUUUUGCACAUGACAAUAGGUGAGGGAAUCUUAUUGUUUUUAUUGUGGUUUCCUGUGUGUGUUUUUGUGUUAGUGCAUCAUGAUUAGUCUGGUGGACACACCCCCCCACCCCCACCCCCACCCCAUUAAUUAUGUACAUUGACGUCUGUAUGUGUGUGAAGUUGUUCCCCUUCCCCAGCUGUGUGUGUUUUCCUGAUAAUGACCCAGUGUGAUGAUAAUGAGAACGAUGAUGAUGAAGAUGAUGAUGACAACGAUAUGACAACAAUGUAGCUUAUAGUUGUGUUCUGUUGUGUGUGUGUGUGUUAAGCACCAAUAGACUGCAUUCCUCUCCUGUCCACUUGUGGUUCUGGGCUGACCAAUCACAGAGUGGCAGCAAUGUGUAGAUUAAGAGAGAAAAUAAAAUCUGAACAAGCUGCUUUUAGAACUUUACGGAACUGUUCACUCACACACACACACCCUUUGUGCUAUGAAACACUCAACACCGAUGGUGAUCAACACUCACAGCUGUGUAUCUCUGGUCACAGCAGGGGGUUGUGUUUAUGUGGCUCUCACUGAUUGUAUAUAAAAAAAAAUAAAUAAAGAGCUAUUAAAAGGUUUUA